GAGAGAGAGAGAGAGAGGGUGGGGAAUGGGGAUAAUAAAAUCGUAAAAAGAGAAGGGGGAAAGGAUCAAACAGGAAACGAGAAGAGGGGGGUGUACCGAUCCGAACGUUGGUCUUUCUCCAAAUCUUGUCUUCUCCUUCCUUUUAAUUCCAUUCAGGCGUCGGGGCUGGGCAAAGGGUGCAGAGGCCCCCUUCCCUCGGACCCAACUCCCGAACUCUCUCUCUCUCUCUCUCUCACACACACACACACUCUCUCUCUCUCUCGUAUAUGCACUCUGUGACUGGAGGGGCCUUGCUGGAAGAGGCGUUUGUGAUCCUUUUGCUGCUUGUUUCUCUUGUUGGUGCUGUCCCUGAGAGGCUGGUGGCGGUGCUGGUGCUGGUGAGAUUGUCGUUCUUGCUAUUGUCAGGCUCUCCGAGGAGGUUGACGACGUCGAUAUGUCUAUUCUCGUCAACCGUAGUGGAGAUGAGGAUCUCUGCCAAGGUGGGCACUUCACCUCGAACUUCAUUCUUUCCCCAUCACCUAGCGUUGAUGUGGACGGCCCACCGCGGAAGCGCUCUAGGAUUAGCGACCCCCUCAUCCUCAGAAACCAAGAACAGCAUCUGCAAAAGGCUGUUCCUUCAAUAGAAAUCCUCCCGGACGAGUGCCUAUUUGAGAUCUUGAGAAGGGUGUCCUGCAUCCGUGACCGGAGCGCUUGUGCUUGUGUCUCCAAGCGAUGGCUCCUGCUGCAGAGCAGCAUCCGCAGGUCUGAGAUUGUUUCACGACCCAACAAUUGUAAUUUCGUUAAUGUCUCAAAGAUGGCCCCUGCAACCAAUACAUCUAGAGGGUUCCGACACGCUGACUCUGGUGCCAUGGAUGUCGAUGAUGAGAAGGUGACAGCUCCAUCUGUAGAGGCUGAUGAUGGUGAUUCGGAGGAAGGAAUUGGGAGAGAUGAUGGAUACCUUACACGCUUUUUGCAAGGCAAGAAAUCCACGGAUGUUAGACUUGCUGCUAUUUCCAUUGGCACUGUGAAGCUUGGCGGCCUGGGUAAACUUCUAAUACGAGGAACCGAUGCAACUCGUGGUGUUACUGAUGUUGGUCUCUCUGCCAUUGCUCGUGGAUGCCCUUCACUUAAGGUUCUCUCCAUCUGGGACGUUCCCUCCAUUAGUGAUGCGUCACUGUGUGAGAUUGCUCAAGGUUGUCACCAAUUGGAGAAGCUUGAUCUCUCUCAUUGCCCAAUGAUCACGGACAGGGGAUUGGUUGCCAUUGCAGAAAACUGUCCAAAUUUGUCAUCUCUAACCUUGGAAUCUUGCCCGCGUGUCAGAAAUGAAGGCCUGCAAGCUAUUGGGCGAUCGUGCUCAAACCUGCAGUCAGUUAAUAUCAAUGACUGCCCGCUUGUUGGUGAUCAAGGUGUGGCUAGUCUGGUUGCCUGUGCUGCCGGCCUCGUGAAGAUCAGGCUUCAGGCCCUGAAUAUUUCUGAUCUGUCACUUGCGGUGAUUGGUCAUUAUGCUAAAUCAGUGACUGAAUUGUCAUUCAUGGGCCUUCAGUAUGUAGGUGAGCGUGGGUUCUGGGCUCUUGGCAAUGCACGCGGCCUGAAGAAGCUCAAGUCCCUUGCUGUGUCAUUCUGCAAGGGGAUGACAGACUCAGGUCUUGAAGCCAUCGGUUUGGGCUGCCCAGUUCUGAAACAUUUGUGUCUCAGGAGGUGCUUCUUCAUCUCCGACAAUGGGCUGUGUGUGUUUGCUAGAGCUGCAGGAACACUGGAGAGCUUGCAGCUAGAAGAGUGCAACCAGAUCACUCAGACAGGGAUCUUGAGUUCUCUCUCUGACUGCAAGGCCAAACUUAAGACACUCAGUCUGGUUAAAUGCAUGGGGAUAAAGGAUCAGAACGGCUGCUUGGUUCCCCUGCCUGUUUGCAAUUCAGUUCGUUCAUUGACCAUUCGGGAUUGUCCUUGUUUCGGAAGCCAAGGCCUGGCUGUUGUUGGGAAGGUUUGCCCUCAGUUGCAGCAUGUUGAUUUCAGUGGACUCACUGGCAUUACAGAUUCUGGUGUUCUGUCUCUGAUGGAGAACUGCAGAGCUGGUCUGGUGAAGGUUAAUUUGAGUGGGUGCAUAAACCUCACUGAUGAUGCCAUUACCCAUUUGACAACGCUUCAUGGUGGUAGCCUCCAGCUUCUGAACCUUGGUGGUUGCAGGAGGCUGAGUGAUGAGAGCCUGAAGGUUAUAUUGGCCAAUUGCCCAUCACUACAGGACCUGGACAUGUCAAAGUGCUCAAUCACUGAUCAUGGGAUUGUUUCCCUACCCUCAUGUGGAGGAGGGUUGCCUGAUCUGCAGGUCCUUUCACUCUCAGGCUGCUCACAGGUGUCAGACAAGAGCGUACCCAUCUUGAGAAAACUGAGUAGUUCUCUGGUUGGCCUGAACCUUCAGCGCUGUAACUUGAUCAGCAACAAGGCAGUUGGGUGGCUUGGGGAGAGAAUGUGGAGGUGUGACAUCCUCUCUUGAUACGUUGGGAAUGGAGUGAAAGCAAGGGCGGUUGAAGAAACAUGCUGGUUUCAGGAACUUCUCAGAUGGAUUAUAACUUAUUAAGGGAGAUUUUCUACGUGUGACCACUCAGCAUUCUGUGUUUGUUCUCCUUUUUGGACUCAUUUGUUUGGUAUUCUGAAUGGGUCUUCUACAAUGAAGUAAGGAGUAGUGGGGAGUGAUGGUGGAUGGAAGGAAACCUGGUUGUGUCGCUAAUGUUCCCCGUUCUCUUUAUUUUUUCAGGUUCUUCCUUCCCUAUUCUAGGGAAGGCAGCCUGUUCAGCCUAAGUACCCACUUUGGCUGCUUGCUUAGUGCUUCUUCAGAAGAGUCACUAUCGUUUUUUCUAGGAUUGGGUUUUUCCGUUGUGGUUGCUCUCUGGGUGGUCCUGGUGUUUGGCCAUGCCUUCUGUUGGGUCAUGGUGAUUUGUACUUUCCAGUGUCCAUGUUAGCGAGUGUUUGUCUUUCUUGGUUUCUACAGACUAGUUUCUUGUCUAAAUGGGGUUUUCAGGUGGCUGGUGACAUCUGUGCUGAUAGUGGCUCCGAGUACGUCCUUUAGUGCUUUCUGUGGGGGUGUGCAGCUUGUUUGGUGACUGGGUUCUCUCUUCUGUGAGUGGCUUUGGUGUUGGCAGAUAUCUGAAUGCGUCUGCCAUGACAACACGUAGUGUUGGCUUCGUUUUUUCCAUCCAGGCCAAAACUUUAGAUUCCCAGUUUCCUGUUGUAACGAGUUGUACCCUAUGGAUGACAUUAAUUGUGAGUUUUAUCAUAUAAUUAUAUAAGCUUUCUCUCUC